UACGCUCAGCAGCUACAGCGUAUCUGCUAGCAAGAGUAGUUAUACGGUUGAAAGUAGCAACAUAAAGCAGGACACGGCACCAAACUUCACCUAAAGCAGUGUUGUUUUCGUCAACGAUGACACUGACGAAAUUAUUUUGUCGACGUCCCUUUUUAUCAUGACGAUAACAAGGCGGUGACGAGAUGAACAUCUCAUGUUUGUCGACGGAAACAUGACGAGACGCGAGUGAGUUUUGGUUGACGAGACGAGAAUGGACGUAAAUGUCAGUGAGUGGUUUGUCAGACGUUCAAUUUGCACGACAUUUCUGCAUAUUGUGCGCGUAAUCUGUCAAUCAAAACCUAAAAAUUACUUGGUCCGUGUUUCAAGACGAUUUACGCUCCUUGCCCUGAUUGGGGCGCACUGAGGACAGUCUGACGACAGUCGCGCCGGGGCAGGUGGGAGAAGUCGCAGCGAGUGCACAUGCAUUUGAACCUCGCCAGCGCAGGUUCAAGGCGAGCUCAGCCGAUACUAUGCGUGACGUCAACAGACUGUUGGCCACUGAUUGGUCAGAGAGCUUCGUCACUGGAAUAGUUGUGAGCAAGAUGUCCGACACAAGAAUCAAACGAAACAAUGCUGAACUGUAGAUCAGGGCUUCCACUGAAAGAUGUUGUUCAGGAGGAGGAGGAGGUUCUCACUGAGCAGCAGCUCUGUAACCAGGAGAGGAACUCCAGUCUGGACCAAGAGGAACCAGACUCUCUACAGAUGAAAGAGGUAGAGGAGGAAAUCUGCACUAGUCAGGAGCAGGAUCAGCUUGAACUGAAGCAGGAGGCUGAUACCUUUAUGUUGACACCUGAUAAUGAAGAAAGUGAUCACAUGGAACCAGAACCAGACACUGACCACCAGCCCCUCUCUGCUGUAGCUGAGAGUCCAGAUCAGACAGGAAGUAAACAUGUAGAAAUGACCAUCGAAUCUGAGGUGGAUCAUCGGCGCAGACUGAUGAAGACUGCAUGGAAACCUCAAGUUAACUUACAGCAGAUAGAGCUUCCACAGAAAUAUGUUUUUCAAGAGGAGGAGGAGGUUCUCAGUGAGCAGCACCUCUGUAACCAGGAGAGGAACUCCAGUCUGGACCAAGAGGAACCAGAGUCUCUACAGAUUAAAGAGGAAGAGGAGGAAAUCUGCAUGAGUCGGGAGCAGCUUGAACUGAAGCAGGAGGCUGAUACCUUUAUGCUGACUCCUGAUAAUGAAGAAAGUGAUCACAUGAAACCAGACACUGACCACCAGCUCCUCUCUCGUGAAGCCAAGAGUCAAGAUCAGACAGUCCAUAUGAGAAAUAUCACAGGUGAAAAGCCCCAUAUGUGCAACAUUUGUAAGAAAUGCUUUACGCGUAAACAUUCCUUGGCAAUACACAACAGAAUUCACACUGGUGAGAAGCCGUUUUCAUGUGAAACAUGUGGAAAGUUAUAUCGACAAUUGACUCAUUUGAUAGACCACAGAAAAACUCACACAGGUGAGAAGCCAUUUCCUUGUGAAACAUGUGGAAAGUGUUUUCGUUUUGUAGCUAAUUUAAUUAGGCACAGAAAAACUCACACAGGUGAGAAGCCCCAUAUGUGCAACAUUUGUAAGAAAUGCUUUGUUAUGAAAUAUAACUUGAGGAACCAUAAAAGAAUUCACACGGGCGAGAAGCCAUUUUCAUGUGAAACAUGUGGGAAGUUUUUCCGACAAUUGACCCAUUUGACAGAACACAGAAAAACUCACACGGGUGAGAAGCCAUUUCAUUGUGAAACAUGUGGAAAGUGUUUUCGACAAUUGACACAUUUGAUAGAACACAGAAAAAAUCACACAGUUGAGAAGCCCCAUAUGUGCAACAUUUGUAAGAAAUGCUUUGUUUUGAAAAGUACCUUGGGGGACCACAAAAGAAUUCACAUAGAUGAGAAGCCAUUGUCGUGUGAAACAUGUGGAAAGUUUUUUCGACAAUUGACACAUUUGAUAGAGCACAGAAAAAAUCACACGCGUGAGAAGCCCCAUAUGUGCAACAUUUGUAAGAAAUGCUUUCACCUCAAAAGUACCUUGACUGUCCACAUGAGGACUCAUCGCUGAGAAGUCAUAUACCACUGCAUCAUCUGCUUAAAAUCAUUUGGUGACGUUACAACCUUAAAAAAGCGUUUAUGGGCCCAUUUCAAAUUUAAUGAAAAGGUUUACCCGUGUGCCACCUCAUGUAGAGUUACAUUAGGUGGACAGAUGGCCUUAAGAUGGCCUCUCCUGAAAAAUGUCUUGAUAAACUUGGGAAUUAAUUUUUCAAUCGACGAUGGCAAUCUGUCCAUGCCUAUGCAGCAAUGUUUUUUUUGCACAGCAGUGGCUUUCUCCGUGGUGUCCUCCCAUGACCUCUGAACUUUCUCCAUUUAUAGACAAUUUGUCUUUCUGUGGACUGAUGAACAUCAAGGCUUUUUGAGAUACUUUUAUAAUCCUUUCCAGCUUUAUGCAAGUCAGCCAUUCUUAAUCGGAUCAGUGGUAGAGAGAUUUGUCUUUCAAAGUUUGGAAGGUUGUGAGUUCAAUUCCAGGCUCUGCUAAUCUAUAUGUGUCCUUGAGCAAAACAUGUUGAGAACUGUAGCUUAAAGCAGCUCAUCAAGACUAGAAAAGCUCUGUAUAAAUACAGACCAUAAU